CGCAGGCAGUGGAGCGCACUCAACAUUACACAACACUUACACGCAGCUUUCCUCUGAGAGGAGAAAUCCUGUACAGGCUUAUUUUUCUCACCCAGGAGAACAGGACAGGGAAAAGAGGACACAAGGAAGAAUUUUACUAUUUUCUCUUUUUGGAAACUCUCAAUUCUGUUCAGCUAUUCACGAAGAGACUGUGAGUUCGCAUGACUCAAGCUUGGGGUGAAUGAGUUGUCAUGGUGACUGACACUUGUAGGCUGACCCCAGAUGAAGACUGGAUGUUGAAUGGGCAUAGAGCUGUAGUGGCCAGUCAGCGAGAGUAACGGGAGUUAUCGGUGAACUAGGAGAAAAGAGGAAUAAUAGGAUGGAGGACGGCUUUUCCAGCUACAGCAGUCUGUAUGACACCUCAUCACUGCUGCAGUUCUGCAAUGAUGACAGUGCCUCAGCAGCGAGCAGUAUGGAGGUGACGGACCGGAUCUCUUCCCUGGAGCAGCGGGUUCAGUUGCAGGAAGAUGAAAUUCAGCUGCUUAAGUCAGCACUGGCUGAUGUGGUGAGGAGGCUGAACAUCUCAGAGGAGCAACAAGCUAUGCUGAGUAGAAAAGGACCAACCAAAGAAGCAGCAGUGAGGAGAGACUCCCCCUCCUCUGACAGCAGUGUUGGGAAGUCAGCUAGACCCAUGAUCGCCGCUCUUCCACUGAGACCAACAGUCAAUAAUGGCACUGGCCUGCCUAGAAAAGGUCUCACACUGCCAUCACCCUCCAGCUCCAAGAAGGACAGCAGCUCACCAGCAACCAAAAGUAUGUCCAAUCUGCCCAGGUUUCUCCUAAAGAUGCCUCACAGCACUGUGAAGAGAACAAAUUCAUCAGAACAGGUGGGUCCCAAAAGGAAAGACAGUGUGGAUUCCAAAACCAAUCGAACCCGUGCUGGUUCCAUUGGGAGCAAUGCAAGUGGAAAGAAAGUCACAGAAACCAAACAGAGAGAGCCUGUGUUCAGUGCAGGGAUGCGACGUGUGACGCACUGCAAAGAUGAAGGGUAUGUCAAAAUGUAUUUAAAGGGACGACCCAUCACCAUGUACAUGCCCAAAGACCUGGUGGACACCUACAGCCUAGAAGCAAAGAUUGAUUUGCCUCCUAAGAAACUGAAGCUAGAUUGGGUUUAUGGUUAUCGGGGCCGGGACUGUCGAUCCAACCUCUACUUGCUUCCAACGGGAGAAACGGUUUAUUUCAUUGCGUCUGUGGUUGUGCUUUAUAAUGUGGAUGAGCAACUUCAAAGACACUACACUGCACAUACAGAUGAUAUCAAGUGCCUAGCUGUCCAUCCUGAUAAAAUCACCAUAGCAACAGGACAAGUGGCUGGCACGUCCGCGGAUGGAAAACAGCUGGCCCCUCAUGUGCGAGUGUGGGACUCUGUGAGUUUGAACACGUUGCACGUUCUUGGAACUGGUUUCUUUGAUAGAGCUCUAGUGUGCCUCUCUUUUUCAAAAUCGAACGGUGGAAGCUGGUUGUGUGUUGUGGAUGAUUCGAAUGAUCACAUCCUCUCUGUAUGGGACUGGCAGAAAGAAGAAAGGUUUGCUGAAGUGAAGUGCUCAAAUGAGUCUGUGUUUGCUGCUGAUUUCCACCCGACGGAUGCUAAUAUAGUUGUUACCUGUGGGAAGUCGCACCUAUAUUUUUGGUCAUUAGAGAAGGGCUCUCUUGUGAAAAAACAGGGUCUAUUCGAGAAACAAGAGAAGCCCAAGUUUGUAUUAUGCGUGACUUUUUCAGAAAACGGCGACGCUAUCACAGGAGAUUCAAGUGGAAAUAUACUUGUUUGGGCAAAAGGUUGUAAUCGUAUUAGCUUGGCUAUUCAGGGUGCUCAUGAGGGGAGCGUCUUUGCACUUUGCAUGUUGAGAAAUGGGACGCUGGUCUCGGGCGGGAAAGACCGCAAACUCAUCUCCUGGGAUGAAAAUUACCAAAAAACUCAGACGGUUGAGGUGCCUGAAUUAUAUGGCCCUAUUCGAACUGUUGCUGAAGGAAAGGGAGAGACUGUUCUGAUUGGUACUACGAAAAACUACAUCCUACAAGGUAGUCUGGAUGGGGAGUUCGUACCUAUUACGCAGGGGCACAUUGAUGAAUUAUGGGGCCUGACCGUCCAUCCACAGAAGCACCAAUUCCUCACCUGUGGUCAUGACAAACAUGUGUGCCUAUGGGACUCAGUCGCCCAUCAGCCAAUAUGGACCAAAACAAUGGAGGAUGCCGCCCAAUCGGCCGGAUUCCACCCGUCUGGGGCAACGGUUGCUAUAGGAACGCAGACGGGCAGGUGGCUCGUACUCGAUACGGAAUCGAAGGAUCUGGUGACCGUUCACACGGAUGGGAACGAACAGCUGUCGGUUAUGCGCUUUUCUCCAGAUGGCAAUUUCCUUGCAAUCGGGUCACAUGACAACUACAUCUACAUUUAUGCUGUGGGAGAAAACGGCAAGAAAUACAGCAGAGUUGGAAAAUGCUCAGGUCAUUCUAGCUUCAUAACUCAUCUGGAUUGGUCUGUGGAUUCUCAGUACUUGGUUUCAAACUCAGGAGACUAUGAGAUCCUUUACUGGAUCCCAUCUGUGUGCAAGCAAGUUGUGAGUGUGGAGACCACCCGUGACAUUGAAUGGGCCACUUUCACCUGUACUCUGGGCUUCCUUGUUUUUGGUUUGUGGCCAGAUGGAUCAGAUGGGACUGACAUAAAUGCUGUGUGCAGCUCUAAUGCAAAGAGACUGCUCGCCACAGGAGACGACUUCGGAAAAGUGCACGUUUUUUCAUUUCCGUGCUCUCAGUCUAGAGCUCCUAGUCAUGUCUAUGGUGGACACAGUAGCCAUGUUACCAACGUAAACUUCCUGUUUGAUGACAGUCAUUUAGUCUCCACAGGAGGCAAGGACAUGAGCAUCAUGCAGUGGCGUGUGGUGUAAAGCAGCUACUGUCACACUGUGUCAUGUGACUGCAUCAGAACUGGGAUCAAGUGGCUUGGGAAAACAAAACAUUGGGCCAUUGACUACAGUGGGAAAGUGGACAGUCAGGAAGGACGUCUCGGUUUCAUUUGCCUUUAAUUGUUAUCUCAGGUCACCAAUAUUUUAAAACGUCUCGAAAGCUCCCUGGGUUAUGAAAACCCAUCUCCCUAGCUUUUGAAUAACAAACUAAAGAAUUGGACAAAGUUAAAUACGAUGCCAAAGCACAUGAAGGAACAUGUUGGUAGUGAGUCCAGUUGAUCUACAUUAUAGGUUUAUGGCGCUGGCUGAUUAUAACACUGUAAAAGCAUAAUGUUUUGCCAUUUUGGAUAAAGUCUUAAAAUUUGGAAACCAUAAACAGGAAUUAAACUGUCACAUUGAUUGUGUUUCAAAAAUGGCACGUUUUUGUACUAAAACAAAUCGCCUUCCAUAUCCAUACAUUUUGUAAGCUUCUGCUGCCACCUUCUGGUAUCUUGAGGUACUGCAACCACUCUUAACACUAAUAUCAUAAUUAUUCUCUGUUCUUUUCAAACUUUUAUAUCAUGUGUUUCAUAAUUUGAAAGGUUAGGAUUACCAGCCAUCAGAUUUCUCUCAAGGAAGAAAAAAGCAUGUAUAACAGUUACAGGACAGUCAAAUUUGGCCUUUUGCAAGUGAUCUUGCUAAAUCACAGUAGCCAUUCAUUCGUUUAGUUUUAAUUCUCAGAUUAACAUAACAUCUGUUUUGUAAAUCAACUAGCUUAACUGAAAGUCAACUAUGUAGUGCACAUUUACAUUAUAGUUAAGCCUCAUUUCCAUAACCUCUGCUUGAGAAAAGAGAUCAAACAGUUGUUACAGAAUGACUGUACUAUCAAUAAUAAAGCUAAGCAUGCACAAGUUUGAUUGUAACUGUCUAACCCAUUUUCCAUGUUCAUUGUCUAAUGUAUGGCAUAACCAUCAAAAUAAAGCAAUUUAAACGAU